CGAUUCCCUCACUCGAGUGCCGCCAACUCCUUUGAAUAAUCGAUAGAUCCUGUCACCUGUGAGACAGCCUCAUCAGCUUACCGUCUGCAGACGAUUCUCACGAUGCACGCCUUCCUCCCAGUUCACCUCCCCUGGUUCAUCAGCGUGCACGCGUGCGGGAUCGCCAUUCUUGGCCUCUACUUCCUCUUCAAGGCCCCUCCUCCAGGCAAAGCAGCAGGCCAUACGCCUCAACUUGGCAUCGCGAGCAUUGCCAUCGGCCUCGCAUACCUCUUUACGUCGUACAUGCCAAUCGAGGAGAACCAAUGGCUGUAUGCGGCUGUGCCUGUUCGUUUGAUUCUCGGUGCCCUUCUCAUCCUCAGGACAGUGGUUGGAAGUGGAUUGUCAUCGGCGGAGAAGAGGAGCUUGUUGAAUCUGGGCCUGUAUGAUGGAUUCGGCGCAGUGGUUUUGGGGCUUUGGUUGGGUAAAUGGGAUGGGAGACUUCCGGUGGCAUCGUCGUAGGAGCUUAGAGUCAGGCAAGGAGUCGCCAAGGGAGAUGGCCGUUGACUUGCUCCGAUAAGAUGCCUUCCUUUGGAAGGGACUUGGAGGUUGUGAAAGGAAGCUGAUGUCCGGAAUUGGGUUUGCAGGAUUUUGUGGAGGCUGAUUGCGGCUGGAGAGCCCCUCUUUGACUCAGGCAGUUCUGGGCAUUGCUCGUGAAGCCGAAGACUCUGCUCGUAAUAGGAUCUCCCCUCUUUCUACCGUUGAGCAGGUCAAUUGAAGCUGCGACGUGGGAAGAGAGCAGGA